AUGAACAAGUAUUUGACGUUGUUUGCUUCCCUGCCCAUUGCUGUGCAAUGUGGUGAAGUGGUUUGGAGUGGUCUCUUUGACUCGUCUGCGUCGGUUGCGGAUUUUGACAAAUGGUCCUUUUCCAACCCCGUUGGCGCCUGGCAAUGGUACAUCCACGGCAACGCAAAGACAAGCACCUACCUCGGACUCUCCAAGGACUUUAAGAACCCGGCCGACACAAGCGAUGCUCAGGGUGUCCGCAUCACCAUUGACGGCACGGCCUUCUGGGAGGGCCAAGACAUGGAGCGCAGUGAGCUGAUCCCUCAAACCUCGGCCCAGCUGGGCAGUGGUCGUCUGUUCUACCACUUCUCCGUCAAGACCGACACGACAAAUGCUCCCAACCCCAAGUUUGAGCACCAGCUGGCUUUCUUUGAGAGCCACUUCACCGAGCUCAAGUACGGCCGCCUGAGCGGCGACUCGGCCACCGAAGACAACAACCUCCGCUGGAUGGUCGGCGGACAAACCAAAUGGUCGACCGACCUCGAAGCCAGCCAGUGGUACAACUUUGCCUACGACAUCGACUUUGACGGUCAGACCGUCGGCCUGUGGGCCAGCAAUGGCUCGGCACCCUUAACCGAGGUGGUCACGGGCGUCAAGGCCUCGACCUCGACCAACUCGGCGGACUGGCACGUCGGCCAGCUGCGUCUGCCUAACGGCGGGACGGAUGCCCAGGCCGAGGACUGGUUCUGGUCCGGUGUUUAUAUCGAGAAGGGUCCCAUCACCACUUCGAUCGCGGGUCCUUCGGCUGGUCAAGGGCAGGGUGAGAGUGCGGCGGCGCAGCCUCAGAGCUCGGCGCCGUCUACCAGCCAGGUUGCCACUAGCCAGGCUGCUUCUGCUUCUCCUGCUUCUUCCUCAACCAUGACCGUCGAGCAGGCCAGCACCAGCGUCAGCACCAGUGCCAGCACCACCAGCCCAGCCGGCAAACAGGCCGCCGCUACCAGCCAGACCUCUACCCCCGUCAUCCAGCAAUUGUCCACCCCCUCGGCGCAGAUCCCUUCGCAGACUCCCGCUCACACCCCCGAGCCAACUCCCGUGCCCGCUGCGACUCCGUCAGCCGGAGGCGAUGGCGACGAUUAUGAUGAUGACGAUGAGGAGUGCGAGGACGAGGAUGGCGAGGACUCUGGGGACUAUGAGGAGGACUGUUGA